UUGCAAUCGUUAAAAAGUUAUAUAAUCGAAUCUGAGAAGAAUAAGGAAACACUUAUGGAUCAGCAAGCCGAAGAAACAAUAAAUCUACUUCGUAGUAAACUUUCUUCAACAAAAGAGAAGCUUAAAGAGCUUGAAAGUCAAAAUAAUCAAUUAACUCAGGAACUUCAGAUAAAAGAUGCAAAAGGGUCAACAGAGAUUAACGCUGCUAUUCAAAGUCUACAAAAUUCUGUCGAUUCAGUUACAAAAGAAAACGCUAGACUCCAAUUAAAAGCUGAUAAAUACAAAAAUAUGAAACAGCAGUAUGAAGAAAUGAAAAUCAAAGCUGAUAAGCUUCAAAAUGAUCUUACAAGAUACACAGAUGUUGAUAAUCGUCUAAAAUCCUCAGAUUCUACUGUUGAAUCACUUCAAAAAGUUAUAGAUGCAUUAAGAACUGAAAAUAAUCUUCUGAAAUCUAAACUUGAGAAUAUUCCAUACCAGAAAUUACAAUCUGAAUUGAUUGAAAUCAGAUUUGAAAGAGAUUCUUUGUUAACUGAUCUUAAAAAAUGUGAAGAAAAACUUUCGAAGAAAACAGACUUAGAAUCUCAAAAUGCAGAACUCACAAAGAAAGUUGAUGAACUCUUCCAACGAUUGAAGGAUGCUGCUCAGAGAGAAACUGAUUUAUCAGCGAAACUUCAAAGACAAAUGACAGAAAAUGGCGAAAUUUUAGCUGUUAGAAGAGAACUUGCUUCUAUUCAAGAAGAAUUGGUUGAGAAAGAAAAGAAAGAUGCUAAAGUUGCUGAACAAAUUUGUUUCUAUAAAUCAGAAAACAAAAAAUUGAGAAACAGAGUUUUACAACUAGAAAAAUACAUCAACAGAGAAAAAUCAGAAAAAACGGAAGAGAAAACUGUUGAAUCUUCAAAGAAACCUGGUGAUGGAAGAGAAAUAACUAAAACAACCACUCACAUAGUGGAAACUGUCCAAAAGCAUCACAGGCAUAGAUCACACUCGAAAGAUCAAAAAUAA